AAGGGACCAAGAGCGCACGCACAAAGGAGAAAAGUUCAAAAGUUCAGCCAUGAGGAAGACCAUGGCCUUCAGCCUCAGAGACCACCGAGAGACCCCCGUGCGACCACCACAGCAAACAACGCAUGCCCAGAAGGGCGUGGAUCUGAUUACCAUGCGAGGCGAGGACAGGCGGGGCCAGGGGUUGAAUAUACAUGAAAAAGUUGUGCAAUGUAUUGCAUAUGGAACACCUUUGUGAAUCAAACUGUGGGUCAGACUGAGGCUCGAGGCACAAGUUUUUCACGAGAGCUAUCUCGCUUGUGCUGGGCGCUGACGUACAUACCCACUUCAUAACUAUUUCUGGUUGUGGAGUCUAUUUAUUCCGCGUAUCGCUUCAUUUUGGCGACCACGAAGGGACUACUCUGCUCACCCGCGGGUCCAGUUGGGGACAGACACCCUCAGGCGCCGCAGGACUCUUUCCUGAGAGGGACUCUGCGCCUUGGCUGUACAUUGUGGGGAGCAGACCACAGCCCGUUGCGACUGCGGACAGAAACGUGAUUUGGAUUGAACCCUUAGGAGUUUAUAAAUUUGUGUGGGACUGGGCAAACAAAAACGAAUAAAAGGACCCAGGAUGGAACCCAGAAGAAAGACAGAGGCUAAAGAACUAUCAGGAUUGGAUUAUAUUUGGAGUAGAAAGAGCAAUACCUAAAACUAUAAAUUGCUCAGCUCUAUAUGCUCUUAAACAGGGACCCUCGGAAUCCCCCACAGAAGUUCCUAGACCGCCUGAGAAAUGCAAUGCGACGCUAUACACCACUGGACCCUGCAUCUGAUGUGGGAAUACAACAACUAAUUAACCUAUUUUUGGGACAGUCCAAGGGGGAUAUUAGGCGUAAACUCCAAAAAAUCCGAGAAGAAGAUGCACGGAAUUUGGAAACUUUAUUGGGGGAGGCUUGGAGGGUCUUUAGCAACAGGGAAGAGGGGUAUAAACGAGGGAUGAAAAACUUAAUAGCAAUAGUGCAGGAGGAGAGGAGAGAAAAAGAGAAAAACAUGAAAGUGGGCAGGGACCACCCAGGCAGGGCCCUCCUCGAUUAGGCAGAAAUCAAUGUGCAAACUGUAAGAAACAGGGCCAUUGGAAGAGGGACUGUCCGGAAUGGAAACGGUAUGGUCAAGAGAAUCAAAGGAGAGGGGUGGUUGCCCAUGUGCUGGACGAUUAGGGGGGACCAGAGGAGACUACCCCAGCAGGCCCUCUGGUUGUAAAUCUGAAGCUGGGGGAAACGGAAAAAGAAGUAAAAUUUCUAGUCGACACUGGGGCAACGUACUCGGUUCUAAAUACAGCCUUGAUGCCCAUAGGGGAUGAUUAUGCUAUAGUUACAGGAGCGACUGACCAAACUGAAAAGCCAUUUUUCUUUAGGCCGCUAAAAUACAAACUGGGAAAGCAGUGGGGGAUCCACAAAUUUCUAUACAUGCCCAACUCCCCUGAGCCACUUUUGGGCAGAGAUUUGCUGGGACGGUUACAGGCAACUAUUACAUUUAAAAAUGGGGAAAUGACUCUGGAGGUAAAUGAUCAAAAGUAUGUAGAAAUGUUGAGUUUGAUAUUAACCACUAGUGAAGUCACAAAGGAAACUGAAAUUGAUGGAGAGAUAAUGAAUCAGGUAUUCCCUGGGGUAUGGGCUUCUGAUGUGCCAGAAAGAGCGAAAAAUGCUCCCCUUAUAGAGAUCAGGCUAAAAGAGGGAAAGCAACCUGUCAGGGUUAAACAGUAUCCCUUGAGGAGGGAGGAUAAGGAAGGAAUUAGCCCAGUAAUUGAGAACUUGUUGAGUCUAGGAUUAUUAAAGGAAUGUCAAUCUGAUUUUAAUACCCCUAUCCUACCAGUCUGCAAACCUGAUGGGUCAUACCGGUUAGUACAGGAUCUGCGAGCCGUGAACAAGGUAACUGAGGAUCUGUAUCCUUGUGGUGGCCAAUCCCUACACAUUAUUAACUUGCUUAACACCCGAACUAGCUUGGUUUACCAUUUUAGAUUUAAAAGACGUCUUCUUUUGCCUUCCUAUCCAUGAAGCCAGCCAGAAAAUUUUUGCAUUUGAAUGGGAAAGUCCUAAAAAGAGGGCGAAGAACUCAACUUACAUGGACAAGACUCUCACAAGGAUUUAAAAAUUCACCCACUUUGUUUGGAGAACAACUUGCAAAGGACUUAGAGACCUGGGAAGCCCCUCCAGAAGAAGGAAAGCUACUACAGUAUGUAGAUGACAUCCUGAUAGCCACACGGACAAGGGAAGCAUGCGUGGCCUGGACGGUAAGCCUCUUGAACUUUCUGGGGCUCCAAGGGUACCGGGUAUCAAAAACAAAGCCCAAGUAGUAAAGCAGAAAGUAACUUAUCUGGGUUACAAAGUCAGUGCUGGACAACGUACCCUGGGCCAAAGCCGGAAGGAGGCAAUAUGCCAGACCCCAAAACCUCAGACGGCAAAAAAAUUACGGACUUUCCUGGGGAUGACGGGGUGGUGCAGGUUAUGGAUCUAUAACUAUGGACUGUUUGUUAAGCCCUUAUAUGAACUUAUUGCAACUGAAAGCAGGGACAUCCAAUGGGCAAAGGAAGCUACACAGGCUUUCAACCAACUGAAAAAUGCCCUCAUGUCGGCUCCUGCACUGAGAUUGCCAGACAUGAGUAAGCCCUUCCUUUUGUUCUCCCAUGAGAAGCAAAGAAUCGCCUUGGGGAUAUUAGCACAAGACCUCGGCCCGUACAGAAGAGCAGUUGCAUACUUCUCCAAGCAAUUGGAUGCAGCAGCUAAAGGGUGUCCUGGAUGCCUCAGGGCGGUUGCAGCAGUCGUACUGAACAUCCAAGAGGCACGUAAAUUCACCCUGGGCCAGAAAAUGACUGUGCUAGUGUCUCACACAGUGUCUGCAGUGCUAGAAGUGAAAGGCAGGCAUUGGCUUUCCCCACAAUGGUUCCUGAGAUACCAAGCUAUUAUGGUGGAGCAAGAUGAUGUGGAAAUAGUGUUGACGAACAUUGUCAAUCCAGCCUCCUUCCUCAGUGGAAACCAAGGGGAAACAGUGGAACAUGACUGCCUGGAGACCAUUGAGGCCACCUAUUCCAGCCGCCCUGACCUGAAGGACACCCCUCUCGAGAAUGCCGAAAUCUGGCUCACUGAUGGAAGCAGUUAUGUCAUCAGUGGAAAACGGCAUGCUGGAUACGCAAUUACUACCUGCAAGGAGGUAGUAGAAUCUGGGCCCUUGCCAACGAAUACCUCUGCACAAAAAGCCGAGAUAAUUGCUCUAACUCGGGCCUUGGAAUUGGCAAAAGGGAAAGAAAUAAACAUAUACACGGACUCAAAUUAUGCAUUUGGAGUAGUGCAUGCUCAUGGAGCCAUUUGGAAAGAGAGAAGACUGCUGAACUCUCAAGGGAAAAGCAUUAAACAUGCAUCAUAAAUACUGUGACUUCUAGAAGCAGUCCAGUUGCCAGAGAAAGUAGCAAUCAUGCACAUUAAAGCACAUCAGAAGAUAAACUCAGAACUGGAAGAAGGGAACGAGCUGGCGGAUAGGGAAACAAAAGAAGCGGCAAAAAUUGGGGUAAUAACUGAGGCAGCCCUGAUUCCAGAUGGGCAAAUUUCCCUCGAAGUCUCUUACAGAGAAGGCCCUGGAACCACAAUGGGAGGGACCGUACCAAGUGCUCCUUUACUACCUUCACUGCAAUCAAGAUUAAGGAGCAAAGCGCUUGGAUCCACCACAGCCAUGUUAAGAAAGCUCCAGAAGACAUGUGGAGAAUAACACCGUCUGAUGGUGAACUGAAACUGGAACUUACUUGGACAAAAUGAAUGUAUCAUGGUGGGUGGGGAUUUUUGCUGAAAUAAUGUUUGCAAUCAUAGUUGUAAUCCAAGAAUUAGAAAGUACUCCUAACUAGAGCAAUGCUGAAUGGCCUUGGUCCCAAGCCUUUACUCAAUACACCGGAUCCAUGGGGAAGUCUUCUGAUUUAAGAGGUUUAAACCUAACAACUCUGGUCAUGCGCAAUAACCAAAUAUAUAAAAAGCAGGAGUGGCAGAAACAGAGGUUGUGGUCACUUCAAGGGACCAUAGGGGAGGUAAUUAAGAUAGGGUGUUGAAUGAUUAAUGGAACUACCUAUAGUAAAGCAGCCCAAAUCAGUGUGAAUAAACACCGGAAGGUUUGCAAUCGUCCAAAUGAAUUUGACUGUUGGUACAACUUCACAUUAAGACAAACUGUUGACGUGGUUUGCCUCUGGGCCCACGACUGUAUUGGGCUGUCUUUCAAAUUUAAAAUAAGCACUAUAGCCAAGCCCAUUACAACCCAACCCAGCACCCAAGCACAAACCCAAAAUAUGCCAUUUAAGCUUGAACCUAAGGUUUAUGAGAUCGGCCCAUAAGUAAUAAGGAAUACGGGUCAACAACAGCUGUUAUCUAACCCAGAAUGGUCCCUUAAACGUGUCGAACGGUUAAUGCAAACCAAUAUCUCAGCGGUUCAGCCAGCUUGCUCCCCCUUCCUCAAGUUGUCCUUUGAGGAGUGGACAAAAUGGCUACAAAACCAAGUACACUUCAGAGACAGAACAUGAAGGGAUUUAACUGGGAUAAUAGGGACCGGGUGAGGGGUAUUGAAUGGGAUUGACUCAGAAAUGUUAAUGAACAAAUUAGCUGCAGCAACUAGCGAUCUAAUAAAAUUAAAACAGCCUUUACAGUCGUCUCUAUUGGCAUUGGGAAAUAGUCAAUGGCAAGUCUCAAGGGUGCUGCCAAGAUGGAGAGAAAUUGAAGAUCAAGAUCAUAGCUUACUAGUAGACGCAUUAAAGGCGACGCAGGAUAGCAUAUCUUUAGCCCUUAGCUGUAUACAAACACAAUUAUGGAUACAGUCAACAGCUGCUUUAAUCAUAAGAGAAGGAAGUGAAGGGGUGUUUCCAACUGAGGUACAGAAGGUUGUCUGGGACAGUGCUACAGACUUCGAGAGAGACUUCCAGUCUUGGUGGACCAUGGUAAAUUUCACAUAUAAUCCCACCAUACACACAGCUGCAGCCUUUGUGCUCACUAUACGUAAUGCCACAGUCCAUGCUAUUCACCCCAUUGUUGCCUUAGGGUUAAGCCAUGAGAAGUCAAUAUUAUACCCCUCAGAACAUAGAGUAUGGGCUUGGAAAAUCCAGGAGAAAUGGCAAACCGUGAACCUGGAACCUUGCAUUGCUCAAGAACAACGGGGAUUCAUCUGUGAGAGUAAUUUGAUUAGUGCUCAGGACAUAUGCCUUGACACUGACCAAGGCAUUUGCCACUUUGAGAUCCACCCAGAUACCAACCAACAAACUGUACUGGUGUAUAUAGGUGAGGGCUGUGUGUGUUUAAGAACUGUGUGUGAUAUCAUAGAAAUUGAUGAAAACAAGGUCCCCUUGUCUGUUAAGAAUCAUUCCAAUUUUUGUAUUUGCAACUUUAUUAAGAUAAUUUGGUGUGACUUUGUAUAUUCAGCACCAGUCGUAUCCCACCAGCUAAUAAAAUCAAACUACAGAACAUACAACGAGUUACCACCCACACCCAUUGGAAUGAAUUUAACCCUCGUGAGACAAUUAAUGAAACAUCAGGAUCUAAUCAAAAUUGUAGAGGAGAUUCAAAGGAAUGGGCAGAGAACUCUGGUAACUGUCCAUCACGACAUAACUGAAAUAAACAGAGUCCUGCAAAGAGUAAAACAAGACACAAGUCAUCACUGGUGGGAUGCACUAUUUGGAUGGUCACCAACCGCAACUGGGAUCAUGAACACUUUAUGUCACCCCAUUAUAGUUUUAUUAAUUUUAGUUACUAUAAGUUUAAUGAUGUCUAUUCUAACACUCAUGUGGAAUUGGAGAAUGUUGAGACAUGUGGCCAUUUUGACUUCACUCUCUAGGACUCAUGGAAUCCUGCUGAAAGAGAGCUGUCACGAUAGUAAGUCAAAAUUCAGCUCAAGACCCCUAUAGUAAAAGAAUUUACUAUAUUUUAAGAAAAGGGGGGACUGAAAUAGAGAUUUUUGGAAUUCACUUGAGUUAGCAAUAUGAAUUAAGCAUUUAAAAUUUAGCUUGUAGAACUAUGUGUUGAAUUUUAACCCUUUUACUUAAGAAGCCUCUGCCAUGGUACAGAGGGCAUAGGAAAAUGCAAAUUUCUGAAGCUUCUUGCAUAAAGAACAAUACCAGAGGAGACCAAGGGAUGCAAAGAACCCAGAUAAAGGAGCUCCUCAGUCUCCAAGCUGAUCAAGGCUGACAGACAUACUCAGGUAAGCACCAAGGGACCAAGAGCGCACGAGCAAAGGAGAAAAGUUCAAAAGUUCAGCCAUGAGGAAGACCAUGGCCUUCAGCCUCAGAGACCACCGAGAGACCCCUGUGCGACCACCACAGCAAACAACGCAUGCCCAGAAGGGCGUGGAUCUGAUUACCAUGCGAGGUGAGGACAGGCGGGGCCAGGGGUUGAAUAUACAUGAAAAAGUUGUGCAAUGUAUUGCAUAUGGAACAUCUUUGUAAAUAAAAAUGUGGGUCAGACUGAGGCUCGAGGCACAAGUUUUUCACGAGAGCUAUCUCGCUUGUGCUGGGCGCUGACGUACAUACCCACUUCAUAACUAUUUCUGGUUAUGGAGUUUAUUUAUUCUGCGUAUCGCUUCAAUAGUAUGUCAGUUAACAGGGUCUCCAGAAGCAUUUCCAGCUGUUUCACCAAAUGCAGGAUCAGUUAUUAAAGUAUUAUUGGAACAAAUAAUUCCAAGAUAUGGGAUUGUAGAAGCAAUAGACUCAGAAUAGGGAAACUCAUUUUACGGGAAAAAUCCUUCAAGGGGUUAUGACUGCUUUAGGAAUACAAUGGAAUCUCCAUACCCCCUGGCACCCCCAGAGUUCGGGCUGGGUUGAGAGGAUGAAUGUAAAGAUAAAGAAACACCUCCUGAACCUGGUGAUAGAAACUAGGAUGCUGUGGGUAUGGCUCUUGCCACUGGCUUUGGCAAGAAUAAGGGCCAGACCCAGGGGAGAUAUUCAAUUAUCUCCCUUUGAAUUGAUUUUUAGAAUUCCUUACUGUGAAACAUGCGUAUUUUAUGAUUGGCUUUUCGCAAAUAUUAAAAUGAAUAUUAUAUGUGUUCUGUUAGAAAGUAAUGCUGUAUUAAUUCUCUUCAGUAGUGUGUUAAAUAUAGUUUUAGGUUAUAAAAAAUGUUAAAAUAGAAACUAUGCUAUGUAGGAUACUUUUUUUAAAGAAAGGACUUGCAGCGAGAUAGCAGCCACAGGACACCUAAAUCUUUCAGAGAAAAAUAAUUUAUUGCCCUCUUAUCAGAAGAAAGGAACUUCUUCCCGCCUCAAAGGCGCUGUUAGGAUUAGGAGGAAGAAGGUGACGAUGACCAGACCGAAUCCUUUAUUUGAAUGGAAUUUAUGCAUCAUGUAUGAAGUGUAUGAAUAUGCAACAGGCUGUUGUUUUUAAGGGUUAAUCCUUUGUUAACGGGGGUCCUUUUUCGGGCUUGUGCUGCCCAGAAAAAGGUACCCAGACGUCCGUAACUCUUUUUUUUUAUUGUCUCAUAUUGUCUUAAUUCAAAUUGUCUAAAUUAUUAUUACUCUAAUUGUAUUACUAUUUUUAUAACCAUUUUAUUACUAUUAAGCCUUUAAAAUUUUAAAAACAAGUGACUGGCGUUUUUCACACUUACCCUUGUAAUUCUCAGCCUAGUGGGGAGGUAGAGGUAAGUCAUGUAUACUUGAAACAAUAUGUGGCCAGGAUACUGUCUCUUGUGAAAUCUUUUAAACAAGAAGCUCAGCUGGCACAGACUCUGCCUUUGGACUUUGCUGUUCACAACAUCCAGCUAAGAGAUUUGGUCUUAGUUAAGGAGUGGAAAGAAGCACCCCUGGUGGCGAAGUGGCGUGGACCUUUCCAGGUUUUUCUGACCACAGAAACAGCGUUCAAGACAGCUGAACACAGGUGGACUCAUCACAUUCGGGUCGAGGUCUCUCAGGCCCCGCAGAUUUGGACAGCUCAGCUAGAGGAGAAGGAUGGGAAGCCACGACUGACACUCCGCAGGAGUGGACCGGUGCAGUAGCCAGUGCGUUGACAUCGGGGCAAGACCUGUGUGCCUACCCACAUAAUGCCUGAUGAAAUAAUCUGUGUGGGCAUCCCUCUUCUAGCAUUUCCAGUCAUUGGGGGCUGUGAAAAAUGCGUAUUUUAUGAUUGGCUUUUUGCAAAUAUUAAAAUGAAUAUUAUAUGUGUUAUGUUAAAAGGUUAUGUUGUUUUAAUUUUCUU